AUGUCUCCCUCCCCAACAACCACCGCCAUCAACACCCUCACAGCCGUCCACGCGAAAUGGUCAUCCCUAGCCCCCACCCAUCGCAUCCUCGCCCUCCUGACCGUCUCCACCCUCUCCCUCCUCGCGGCGAGUUUCUGGCGAAAAUACCUCCGCUGGAAAGCCCUCGGCGCAGGAGGACUUCCCUAUAGUUUGAAGGGGUAUUUGAUGAAUUUGGUGGUGGAGUGGAGGUUUGCAGAGGGAGAUACGGUGGAUUUGGGGGUCUAUGAGAGGCCCGAGGGGAGGUUUGAGAAGUGGGGGGAGGUUGAGGAGGAGGAGAGGAGGACGGUGGCGAAAGGGAGAUUUCUGAAAGGAGAGUUGAGGGAAAGAGGGGGCGUGAGAGCGAGGGCGAAGAAGUUUGUGAUUCCGCAGAGGGAGAAGAGUUUAGCGGAGGUUGGUGUUGAACCUGCGGAUGAGAAACUUCGCCAGGCCUACCUCGAUGCUUUCGAUGCCCUCCACUCUGCCAACUCCAAUAUUACGGAAUGGCGAACGUCCGUGCUGGAACGCCGCGGUAAGGCUCUGUUUCUCAAGCCAUCCAUGCCAUUACGCACGCUGGAUCAGCAGACGCAACGUGAGAUCUGCCAUAUCCACGGCUCAGAUCUCUCCGGACACGUCACGUUGUCUCUCGCAGACGCACAAGAGGUUAUUGCCAAGGGGUGGGGCGAGAGGCAUCGCCUGAGCGGGACGAAAAUUCUGCCGUUGGGCUACACGAUGAUGUAUAUUCCGAGGUCUGAUGAGGAGGUGGAGGUGUACGGGAGGAUCUUUCAGGCAGGUAUUGAAUAUUUGGCGUCUGCGGAGUGA